AUGGUGCGUCAGCUCCACGAUGGAGUUCUGGUGCGCGUCACAGACAAUGAAGCGGUCUCAGAGGCAUUCGCAGUGACCAACAGAGUGAAGGAGGGCUGCGUCCUCGCACCUACCCUCUUCAGUCUCAUGUUCUUUGCCAUGCUGCUGGACGCCUACGGUGACGAACGUCCUGGGAUUCGCAUAACCCACAGGACGGACGGCCAUUUACCCAAUCAGCGGCGGAUGCACUCGCAGUGGCGUGUAUCUUCAACCACCGUCCACGAACUUCUGUUCGCCAAUGACUGUACACUCAAUGCAACUACUGAAGGAGAAAUGUAA